AUGUUCAUUGAAAGUCGAGCAAAAUACAAGGUUCUUGACGACAAAACGAACGCUUAUCCGCAGUUUAUGUGGUUUCGAAUUGUCUCACUUGACCGUAAUUUGUGUCUUAUGCUGGGCCUUACGCAAGGCUCCUUUGAUCAGAGUAUGGCCACUGGCACAGUAUUCAUGGAUGAUAUCCCUAUGGGUCGCCUUGAGAGUAUGCACUGUACUCUCGCGUCCCAAAUAUUGGAGCGCAACGAGUCUGACCCAUACGCUAAUGAAUCUGCCCUGACACAAAGCCUCGACCUGGAGCUACAGAAAGCGGGAAGAAGCAUGCCUAGCAAGUGGUGGCUUAUGCCAAACCUAGGCAGUGUCAUCAAUAACCUACAGGCUCUAUUGUUCGAUAUGGGAAGACUAUUCAACCAGUUGUAUCAUUACAACUUGCUCAAUCAGCUCCAUCUUCCUUAUAUUCUUCGUUCAUCACAGGACCGAAAGCACGAAUAUUCCAGAAUAAUCUGCUUGAUUCUUUUUGCACUUAUGGCCGCUAUUACGCUACUUCUGGCGCAUCUUGACAGCCACCGUUUUCCACAAACCAACAAUCUCUUAGCGUAUCAAUAUCUUAGUGAUCGCGCCAUGAUCGAGCAGGCGCAGGUGAAUAUAGAACAGAUCAGCCGUGUUAACGGAGAUACUUUAAGUGCCCAAAUCAACGCACAAUCCCCUAUAAGUAAUGGCCAGCCCUUAGCUCCGGUGGUUGGUAUGCAGAACUCCGACAGCUCAGACACUGCAGUGGGUGGUUUUGGUUCUGGUCGCUCCGACGGAAAUGAUUUUUCUAGGUCAAUCAUUGAAUCGAAUUACAACUCUGUCGAUAACAUGAAUGGCCCAUCUGAACAGCUCGCAUCACGAUGUCCAGGAAAAGUUUCUGAUGCCCUCCCGCAGAACUCUCAGGAUCCUGGCCUAACUGCCGGGGUGGACGACUGGGCAUUCCAGGGUGUCGGAAUGGCUUUCUUCGACAGCAUAAUGAGAGGUCUUGAUAACGGAAAUACUUCAGAGACCUGGGUCAAUAACUCUUAA